GGGCGCUGUAAAAUGUGCGCCACUACAGCAGCAGCGACUGCUGGUUUGUUUUUACUGUGCUCGUUGGUCAGCUCGAGAUUAGAGUCAAGGGGAGAUCUCUGAAGUCACUUAGUGUCACAGUAUGCAGAGUCUGUCAGUGCAGGCUCUGGCCCUGCGGCAGCUAGGCAGACUGAACUCCCUGCAGCUGCUCACACCGUGCCAUGCCUCUUGUCUCAGCAUGUGGUGCCCUCGAACAUUGCACGCGCGUCAGCUGUGGGGUUCAGCCGCACCCCAGACACACCGGACAGCUACGUGGCCGAAAUCAUGGGACACUCGGCAGAGCUGGUUGCUCCAUCACACCCGGCUCAAGAGCACGAGAAAGAAAGGAAAGCAAAAAGCCAGUCAGCAGGGGGAGGACGAGGAGGAACAGGAAGAUGCAGAGGCUAGUGACUAUGAGGAUGAGCUUCCAGAUGACCCAGGUCUGCCAAAAGACUACAAAGACCACAAGAAAACUGUCCAAUCUCUUCGUUUCGAUCUGGUUUUGAAGACCGGAUUGGACACUGCACGAAAUAAUGUGGAGGAUGCUUUCUAUAACCUCAAGUUGAGACUGAAUGGUCGGAAACUCACUAAGAAGAGUAAAAUGGUUAAAGUGGGGGAUACACUGGAUCUAAUCCUAAAUGAGGACAAGGAAAUGGGCACAGUCUUGCUGAAGAGAGUGAUCUUGAAAAAGGUGGUUGGAGAGACAAAAGAUGGAGAAAAGCAGAGAGUCAUUCUAAGAACUUGGAAACAUCUACAACUUCCUAAACAUGAUGUGCACAAGCAGUAGUCUGUUAGCAGACUAACAGACAUCUGUGAUGUGUUUGAGAGGUGAAGGAUCAGAAAACAGGACACUGAUAUUUCCUAUUUCCCUUUCCAUCCAUUUGAUUCUGCAUCUGCAGAUUAAGGAUUUAAUUGGUUGCUUUCCAUGCCCAACAAAAACUGAAGGUCUUUCUCACAUCUUUUCACUCAACAGUAGUUCUCAUAAAUGUUGUAUUAAAGUUUUUUUUUUUAAAUUAACUUUACAGAUCACAAAUGGAACACAAAUGCCACCUAUUGUUUAGAGGUGGUUUUGGUUGUAUGCAUUUUUUCAUUAUUGUUUUUUUAUAUAUUUACUAGAGUGACAAAAUAACAUUGUGGGAUGAAUCAGCUAGUGUUUGGGAUAUCAACUGUUUUCUGACACCUUAUUUAGUUGUCAUCAUUGUCUUUAUGACAUUGGUAAAUUUCCAGUGAGAAUUUUCAUACAGGAUACAGAAUGCCUUUGCAUACAAGAUUACCAGACAAAAAAGGGACAUUAAAAGGUUUUUGCAGAGCAUUUAUGCAACAAAAAAUGUUAAAACCCAAACACCCAAAUCUUACUUUUUUCUUCAUUAUAAUGGUCAUUGAUAGAAUUUACAAAGAACAAAUUUAUUCUCGAAAAACAUAAAAUCUUCCCUUAGGUAUAUUCUUUGACUGUAAAAUGCUCCUAUUGACCUUCACUUGUGAAUCUGAAGUAAAAUAAAAAGGAACAUGAAACCCA